AUGUUGACCAGUAUUGAGCCUAAUAUUUGCACCAGCUUAAUAUAUUUUGACACCGCUCAAGAGGUGUGGAAGCAUCUCAAACAUAUGUAUUCGGGUGCUGGGAACAUAACCUGUAUUUAUGAGUUGUGUCAGCAAUUCUUUGGGUUGGAACAGGGUGCUUUGGGCCUAGAAGAAUAUUAUUCUCAAGUGAUAAGCAUAUGUGAAGAACUCAGAAUGUAUCAACCUAUCACUUCUGAUGUUUCAAGUAUGCUAAAACAACGGGAAGAUUUUAAUGUUGUUCGGUUCCUUGUUGGCUUAAAACCUGAGUAUGAGUCAGUGCGUUCUCAAAUUCUGGCAAGUCCACAACUUCCUCCAUUUCCUGAUGUGUUCUCCCGACUUCAGCGAGCCACAUUAUCUGGACAAGGAUCUCAGUUUUCUUCAGAUCAGAGUAAUGAGAGAUCCGCUUUAGCUGCCUCCUAUGUUGCUCCCGGUGGGCGUGGAGGCCGGAGUGGUAGAGGUGCACGUGGGGGGCGUGAUGCCAGAGGUAAUCGCACUCGAGGUCGUGAAUCUCGUAAGUGCACUCAUUGUGGUCGCACUAACCACUCGGUAGACUAUUGUUGGGAUCUCCAUGGUAGACCAUCUAGAUCCGUUAAUCAAGCUAUUUGCCAAAAUGCUACAUCACCGUCAACGAGUUCCGACCCGACUCCAGAGAUGAUUAGCAUAUCGAAAGAUGAGUAUGAUCAGUUUUUGGCUCGCACACGAGCGACUUCAUCUUCCAUAGCUACUCAUGCCCAUUCAGAUACAGCGUCCGCCUGUCUUGUCUCAUCUACUCAAGAUCCAUGGAUCAUCGAUUCAGGAGCUAAUGAACAUUUGACCGGAUCUCAAGACGGGGAAGAAGAUUGGUACGGGGCAUGAAGCUGGUGGUUUGUAUUACCUUGAUGUCAA